AGCAUACGUUAGCUAGCCCUACCCACCGUAUGGAAAAUAUCAAAGUCAUCGUCUCCUCGCUGUGGCAAUACUCUUCCUUUCGCUUCCCUCGCCAACCGCCCGCUCGCCCGCCAUUUUCAUCUCUCUCUCUGAGAAUGAGAACCUGGAAUUCGCCGUCGUUUAGCAGGAACUCUAGCUCCGGCUUGACUGGAGCGUCGGACAAUAACACUAAGUCACCGAUCUCCAUCUACUCUUCUUCCUCCUCCACCCAGAAGUCAACCUCCGCCAAAGACGCGGUCAAGAUCGCUGCCAGAGCCGUAGCCGGAGCCUUAUCCGGCUGUUUCACUCCACCGGAGACCAAGCCCGGCAAGACCUUCUCCGCGCUAGACGAACUCAAAUCUCCUGACUCUUCGAGUGGUAGUAGAGAGGGGAAGCGCAGGGUCAGUCGCGGUUUCUAUGCGAGUCCUAGUCCUUCUACCCACUCGAGAGAGCCAGGGAGUCUCAAGUUCAGCAUGGCAGAGAUCUACAAGGCGACUAGGAACUUUUCGCCCUUGCUGAAGAUUGGGCAAGGCGGUUUUGGGACCGUCUACAAGGGACGACUUGAAGAUGGAACCCUUGUCGCGAUCAAGCGUGCUAAAAAGAGUGUAUACGACAAGCACUUGGGGGUCGAGUUUCAGAGCGAGGUUCAAACUCUAGCACAUGUGGAACAUCUGAAUUUGGUCAAGUUUUAUGGGUAUUUGGAGCAUGAAGAGGAGAAGGUUGUCGUUGUGGAGUAUGUCCCCAAUGGAACCCUUAGAGAACACUUGGACUGUCUGCACGGCAGCAUUCUUGAUCUGGCUGCUCGCCUAGACAUUGCCAUUGAUGUGGCCCAUGCUGUUACCUAUCUCCACACUUACACAGAUCAUCCCAUCAUCCAUAGAGACAUCAAGUCUUCCAACAUCCUCCUGACAGAUAAGCUCAGAGCCAAGGUGGCUGACUUCGGUUUUGCUAGAUUGGCGGCUGACACUGAUUCGGGUGCCACCCAUGUUUCCACUCAAGUCAAAGGAACUGCUGGCUACUUGGACCCAGAAUACCUAAGAACCUAUCAGCUAACCGAGAAGAGUGAUGUUUACUCCUUCGGGGUACUGCUCGUUGAGCUUGUCACAGGCAGGCGCCCCAUUGAGCCCAAAAACGAGUUAAGGGAGCGCAUAACAACCAGAUGGGCGAUGGAGAAGUUCGCUGCCGGAGAUGCGAUCUUAGUCUUGGAUCCAAGGCUGGACAGGUCUCCGGCCAAUGACUACGCUCUGGAGAAGAUCCUCGAGCUCGCCUUGCAGUGUCUGGCUCCUCGCAGACAGAGUCGGCCGCCGAUGAGGAAAUGCGCACAGAUUAUGUGGAGCAUCCGCAAGGAUUACAGAGAGCUUCUGGCUUCUUCAGAUGCCUAUUCUCUUGGGACCGCCUCCCUUAGCGAAGAACUCGCAACCGAGGUACCAUUUCAUUGAAGAAUCAGUAGUACUGUAGAGGUGUUAAUGAAGCUGCUGGACUGUUCUUGUAGAUACCCAAUUCUUAGGUUACAACUCAUCCAAUAAGCUCCAAGCAAGAAGCUUGAUUUGUUUCAAGAUUGUGCAUAAACUCGCAGAGAAAUGGUUUGGGUUUUGUGGAUUGAAGAAUUAGUCAUUGGCAGAUGAUGAAUUCUGUGAGUUUUUGUUGGAUCUGAUUUGGUUAACUGUCCCUCUUAAUGACGACAUUGUAGGUGUUUGUAGAAGACAAAUAUUAAACAAGGGCUACGAAGAAGUGAGAGAGUUA